AUGGGUGAUAAGGUGCGGUGGCCAAAGGAAAUGAGAUCAAAUCCUAAUAGGCAAAAUCCUGAUUUCUGGUGCGAGUUUCAUAACGAUCAUGGUCACAAAACGCCAGAUUGUAGAUUGCUGCAAGGUGAAGUUGACCAUUUAUUAAAGCAAGGAUAUCUUACCGAAUUAUAUAGUGAAAAAGUUAAACAAGCGUACAUGAAGAACGGGCAGGAGCCCCCUAAACCUCUUUCUCCAAAAAGGACCGUUAACGUUAUAAGCGGGGAAGAAGAAAUUAACGACGUGACAUAUAUGGCAACCAAGAAAGUUUCAAAAGUUACAGUCAUACACGGGAAGCGGGUUCGACAUGUUUUGGAAGAAGAAAGUAUUACAUUUAAUGAUACAGAUGCAGAUGGUAGCUCCGUGAACAUCAUUUUGCUAAGAGCAUUAAACAAAAUGCAAGCUGAAGAUAAGCUGGUACCCAAGGCGCAUACUUUAUCUGGCUUUGACAAUUCAAGCAUUGUAACAAAAGGGGAGGUAAUACUCACAACAUUCGCAGAAGGAGUUGUCAAAGAUACAAAAUUUCAGGUGGUAGAGAUGUAUAUGGCUUAUAAUAUGAUUCUCGGUAGACCGUGGAUUCACGAAAUGGAAGCUGUGCCAUCUACUCUACAUCAAGUUAUUAAAUUCUCUUCACAAUGGGGAAUACGUGAAAUCCGUGGUGAUCAACAGACAUCUAGGAGCAUCAACUCCGUAGCAGAUUCAAGCGCAAAAAACGAAGAAAAAUAG